AUGGAUCGACAGUCAGACUCGUUAGGCCUUGGGCCUCGUCACGACCCCAACUCCCGGGUUUCGAAACCUGAAUCGGCCGCCGAUAAGAUGGCUGCGCUCAAAGCCAGAGUCGCUGCAGCAGUCGGCGUCUCCAAGGCUAAAGGAGGACUUAACGUCGGAUUACACCCAGUACUCGAGAGUCUCGGUCAGGCAAAGGCACCAGCUAGACCCAAUGAUGGAAAGCCAUCCGGCAGUCGACUGCACUCUGACUCGAAGUUCUCGACUGGAUUCAAAGCCCCAGAUGCUACUGGGCGAGGCCGCGAUGCGCCGCUAUCCAACCCGUAUUUCAACGACCAGCAGGCAGCACAGCCCGCAAGUGGAAGACAACGUCAGGCUCGGUCGCUAAAUUUCCAUGCCAAGGGCAAGUUCAUCCAGCAAGCCGCGGCGCUGCGGCGACAAGCUGCCCUCGAGGAGAUGAAGAAGAGAAUCGCGGCGCAAACGAGGAAAGCCGGCAUCGAAGAUGAAUUGGAGUUGGAGAAGAAUCUUGUCGUCGACCCUCCUCCGGACAUAGAAUGGUUCGACGGUGGACUGGUCGACGGGACCUCUUACGACUGUAUCGACGACGAAUCCAAACUGAAGAUCAAAGAAGAUACCAUCAUCACGGAAUAUGUACAACACCCCGUCGCGUUGGAACCGCCGCAGGAGAAGAACACCCCAGCCCUGAAGCCGAUGUACCUAACACCGAAAGAAAUGGCCAAGACCAGGAGGCAGAGAAGGAUGGCCGAACUCAAGGAGCAGCAAGCAAAGAUCAGACUUGGACUAGUGCCAGCUCCACCCCCCAAAGUCAAGAAGAGCAACAUGAUGCGUGUUUACGCAGACUCUGCAGUGAAGGAUCCUACGGCUGUGGAAAAUCUCGUCAACAGGCAGAUCGCUGAGCGCCAGCAGAAUCACUUGGAGGCCAACGAAGAACGCAAGCUCACGAAGGAAGAGAAGCACGUCAAACUUGCUACGAACCAAGAAAAGGAUGCUGCGAAAGGCAUCCAUAUCUUGGUGUUCAAGAUUGACAGUCUCGCCAACGGCCGGAAUAGAUUCAGGAUCCAAAAGAAUGCCGAACAGCAUGCUCUCACGGGUAUUUGCAUCAUGCACCCAAGGAUGAACCUUGUCAUUGUUGAAGGCGGCGAGCACAGCAUACGCAAAUACAAGAAGCUCAUGCUUGAGCGGAUUAACUGGACCGAAAAUGCACAUUCGCAAGAGGGGAAGACCCAACAACAGCUUCGCGAAUGGCUGGUAGCGGAAAACGAGAGCGGCGAUUUGAAGGACAUGUCCCACAAUGAGUGUAAGCUGGUGUUUGAAGGCGAAGAAAAGACGAGGGCCUACCGCAAGUGGGGAAGCAAGGUCUGCGAAUCUGAUGCCGAAGCCAGGGACGCGUUGGCCCGAGCCAAGAUGGAUAACUUUUGGGCUGUCGCGAAAAACAUGUAA